UUUCGAAGAGGACACCCCCAAAUAUUGAGGACCCUUUUUUAAUUGGCUCAAAUAGAGGUGUGAACUAUCUUGUUGACACACAAUCUUUGUCUUGGCCAAGAUAUCGAUCAAUAAAGUGACCCGGUCCAGCUGAGCGAUUAUCAAGGCCUUAUAAAUCUAAAUCUAUACUUUAGAGAGGGCCGUACGUAGGGAGAGCCGUACGCAUAGCCAGGAGGAGGGAAGGCCGUACGCAUAGCCACAGGCUAAAUAGUGUUUGUGUCUUCACCCCACCAACUGACUGAAUUUUAUGAUCCUUAUCAAACUAAUGUUAAUUUAAAAUUUCCUCCAACGCACCACCUGAGAUACACUAUGCAUGAUACACAGCACCCAUAUAUAGGUGGCUGCUUGUGAUAAUCUUUUUCCCGACACAUGUUUGUGCGAGCUCGGCAUUUUCUCGCGCUUUUCGCCGACUUGCUCCUGUUCUAUUAUUUUUAGGCUUUGCAAAUAGUUGAAAAAGAAAUUGGAAUCAAAUUUUAAAGUUGUCUGGAGAAACUUCAAAUUCAGAGAAACUGUGCCACCUCGGUGUGUCGUCGAAAUAUCUGGUGUCACCAGACAUUAGCCCCAUGACCAAAAGGAUGGCAGGCACCGGUGAAAAUUUUUAUAUGCUGGAGUGUUCCUGGCCUCUGUCACUGGCAUGUCCAUCCUUGGUGGCUUCGGCAUGACACUGGCAAUGGCUAAGAAACAAGAUCCACAGAUGUUUACCAAGGGUUUCGCAGGAUCCCGAGAGAUCCCGGAGAGUGGUGUUAGUCUGGCAACUCGUGCCCUGGCAAGGGGCUCGUUGUACUCUGUGGCAGGUGUCGGCAUCUUCUGUUACGCUGUGUGGAAGCUGCUCGGUGUUCAUAGUAUGGUUGAGUUCCGACAGAAGGUGGGUACAAUACUCCCGACCAUACCCAAGAAAGACAACCCAGGGAGAGGAGAUUUCAUGACCAUAAGGGACUUGUUCAACUACAUCAUAGAGGAGGACGAGAAGGAGAAAAGAGAGAAAAAAGCCAAAGAAAUUUCUUAGCAUUAUGUGAAAUCUGUGACCGUGGACAGAUCUGCUAUUCACUCCCUCCAGAGAGGUCAUAAAGUGAGUCUGAGGCUCUGGAUCGUCCGAAAUUCAGACAUGUCAGAGGAAAUGAGUGCACCUCCGAUUGCUGGUUUCCCACCGUACACCAAUGGGGGAUUUUUCUCCUCUGUGUUGACAUGGAACUGACCAACAAGCCAUUCUUUAUUCAACAAAAUGAGAGAAAACACUAUUGUGUGGGCACGUUUAUUCCUCCGAUGUUAUGGAAACCUAUGGAUUGUGCUUCGGAUUCUAAAUGUCUUUUCAUGACGUUGUGAAUGGGUACAAUUUCCAGCCUGUGAUUUAGUCUUUUGAUGGUAUCUCAAGGUGUGGAGACACAGAAGAAGGGAUGAAAACGCAAUGUGGUUGGGACACUUGAAAAACCAUAAGUAAUUCUUAUGUGAAAUGGACAUAUUUAAGUUGGAUUAACGUGUGAGAGAAAGCAUGGAAGUAUGAAAAAAAA